AUGCAAUGGAGGCACAGUUUGUAGGAGAAAGUGAUGGUCUAACAUUCUGGCUGGCCAGACCACAAGACUAUGAUGAGGUGAUGGCCAUAUCACAGGACAUCUACAAUGGCAACGAUUACCUUCCACAUCGCUAUCCCACCUGGAUGACUGAGCAUGACAGAGUGGUCAUAAUUGGCAGAAGGAAUAUGAAGUUGGUGGCACUGGACUCUGCACUGGUGGUUGAUGGAGGGCAAACAGUGGUGUUGGAGGGAUUAAGGGUGUGUCCUAGUGAAAGAGGAUGUGGUGUGGCUGGAGUUAUCCAGAGAGUGACUGAUUGCUACGUUAAGCAGGUUUACCCAAGUGUAACAACCAAACGAUUGACAAGACUUGACAACCCAGGACCUGAAAAACUCUCCAAGUUUAUUUUUCUGUCUUGCCGGGCUAUUCUGUCUUUGUGUGGAGAGGCUGAGAGUUUUAAAGGAUUUAUCUCAGGCCUAAAAGCAAAACUGGAAAGCACAGAGAAAUCAGAUGGACACAGCAACAACAACCAAAAACUAUUUGUACUGAAGGACAGACAUCAGCUUAAGUCAAUACUCAUGGAACCUGAUCUUUCAUUGAGACUUCAGCUUCCAGGAGGUGCCAUCAUCCAAGACUGGCAGCCUCUGAAACCAAUAGAAAACAACCUGGAGAUUUUAGAAAGGCGAAACCUGACUUGGAUGGUUGAUUGUGUCGAUGAUAAACUAAUGUUUAUGAGCCUCCACACACCACCCUAUCCUGUUCCAUUUAAUGCAGGUUCUUUGCGGUUCAACAUAGACAUGUUUGGGACUGAUGCAUCUUUAGCUAGGAAGGCACUGAUAGCACAUUUAGAGCAGGUAAUUGAAGAGAUUCGUGGCACUGUUGUGGUUUAUGUUUACAUGCCUAAAACUUUUUGGGAAGUCAUGAGACAGUUUUGUGAGGGAGAUGAAGGAGUAAAACAAUGUAUGGAUUACUGGGUGCAACUGUUUCUGGAGAAAGAGAUUACAGUUUAUGGAAAUCAAAAAUCCAGUAUCUCAAAAUAUUCAACAGCAGCUAGUAUAUGGAAAUAUAAUGUCAACUGGAGGGAACUGAUACUGACCAAUUUAUGAACAACUAGUGAAGGAUGAAGGUUAAAGUCAUUUGUUAUUUGAUAAUCAUGUUUCAGCUCGAUUGAUUGGUUUAUUCAUCAUAAUUUCCAUGCACAGGCCUGAUACAACAUCAGCAGGGGACAAGCUUGUUUUGGCUAAUCCACAUGACAAAGGAUUGUUAUGCAUAGAUGGCUGAAUGAAAGGCCUCGUAUAUCACUUGCCAUUUUAAUGUACACCUGUCAUUGGUGGAUUAUAAUCUGGUCAAACCUUUUCUCAGCGGCAUGGAGCAUCUCCUCUACCCUCCAUGGAAAUCACUGUUCCUGCUGUGAUAUCUGGAUCUGGUGGUAAAGAAGUAUGUGCAACUUGGAAGGAAUUACAAAGUAACUUACACUUGGAACAGUUUAUUUGAUGGGCAUCACUAUGGUCACACAUACAUGGUCAGACACAAUAAUGUGCUAAAAUACACCUAAUUGCCAUUUUUGCUACUCCUCCCCCAAACUUUGUCCAGUCUUCACCACAUUUGGCUCACAUCAUCUUAAGACCUGUAUGAACAAAAUUUAUCAAAGGACUUUUGAUAUAUAACGCUCUGGUGAAUGCAAAAAACAGGAUGUGACAGUGUAUCUCAGCAAUGCAUCACGAAACUUGGUAUCUUCAAGACCAUACCCUGAAUGCACCCAAAAAGUUUUGUCUCUGUGCCACCUUGUGGUCAAUAUCUGUAAAAACUUUAAUUAUUUUCCUUAUAUCAUUUGAUACAUUUGUGUUAAAUUCACAGUUCUUUUUUUCCUCUGAUUCCCUGGAGUAUGUUGAGGUGAAUGCACAUGAACACCUGAAAUUCAAGUGUACUUUCUGUCAACCAUCUUAGAUUUUUAAUUUAUUUUUUUUGGUUACUCCUCCUACAAAUUAUGUCCACUGAACACGAAAUUUGCCAUACAUCAUCUUCAGACCUACCUGGACAAAAUGUAUCACAAGAAUUUUGAUAUUCCAAAUGUUUUGCUUGUAAUGUGCCAGUCACCAUUCCUUCUACAGUCAGAGAAUUCUACCAAUGUUUGCAAAAAAAAAAGGGUUCAGUUUUCCAUCUCUCUUUCUCUCAUUCUGUUUCACUUGCCAACAAAAGAGAAAUAUUAUUUAUACUGUAACUGUGAAAUACUUUUUUUUAAUCA